AUGUUCCAUCAAGUGCGGAUACGUCCCGAAGAUCAGUCAAGCCAAUGUUUCUUAUGGGAAAACGAACACGGUGAGGUGGAGACCUACGCGAUGCAGGUGAUGACGUUCGGUGCCCGCUGCUCGCCCAGCACCGCUCAAUACGUGAAGAACAUCAACGCCCAGCGGUUCGCAGAAACCCACCCUAAUGCCGUUAAGGCUAUCAUCCACGCACACUAUGUCGACGACAUGCUGGUGAGCGUCGAUCGCGAGGAGGAGGCCAUACAACUAGCCCUGGACGUCGCGCACGUACACCGCGAGGGAGGGUUCGAGAUUCGCGGUUGGAUUAGCAACUCGCCCCAGGUGUUAAGCGCCCUACACGGAGAACCUGAAGAAAAGCACAUAGAGUGUACGCACACCGUACACACAGAGAAGGUGCUGGGAAUGUGGUGGGACACCGCGGCCGACACCUUCACUUACCGGAUCGGAAGGAACAAGCACUCUUGCGAUCUGUGGCAGGGAACGCGGUGCCCUACAAAGCGGGAGGUCUUAAGCGUGCUCAUGGCGAUGUUCGACCCGUUGGGCCUACUCGCAAAUUUCCUGGCAUACUUAAAGAUCCUGCUGCAGAAGAUUUGGCGAUCCGGGGUUCAAUGGGACGAACCGAUAGACAGCGAUUCAUUCACUAGCUGGAAAACAUGGCUGAAGGCUCUCCCAGAGGUGGAAAAGGUACGAAUUCCCCGGUGGUACGGCACAUCCGCCCUGACAAGGAAAGACGAAAUAGAGCUGCACACCUUUGUGGAUGCAAGUGAGAACGGAGCUGCCGCGGCCUGCUACAUCCGGCACGCCACGGGAGGAGCAGUACACUGCUGUCUAGUAGCUGCCAAGACAAGAGUUGCGCCACUGAGAUUUACUUCGAUUCCACGAAUGGAGCUGGAAGCAGCAGUUUUGGGAGCACGGCUCUGCCGGUCGGUGGAAGUCGCCCUCCGUCUGGUUGAAGAGGAAAGUGAGGACGGCGGAUCAAAAGCCGAAUCAUCAAGCAGAUUCUUCUGGACCGACUCCCGUAACGUACUGGGGUGGCUCAACUCCGACAGUCGCCGGUACAGCCAGCACGUCGGGCACCGAGUCGUGGAGAUUCUUAAAACGUCCAAAUGCCGGGAGUGGCGAUGGGUACCCACAAAGCUCAACCCGGCAGACGACGCAACCAAAUGGAGCAGGAUGCCCGAUCUCGCCGCCACAAGCCGGUGGUUCCGGGGCCCUCAGUUCCUGUGGGAAUCCGUCAAGACGUGGCCCGCACAACCGGCGGAAAAGCCGGUCACAGGAUCGGAGCUGAGGCCAGCUUUCGCCGGCCAUCACUCGCCUGACGCUCCGUCAAUACAACAGCCCGUGGUCGACGUGACGAGAUUCUCGGACUGGGCAAAGGUGCUCGUGGUAACCGGAAGGGUAUUGCGCUUUGUCCACAACUGCAGGGCUAGUAGCACCCAAAGAGUCGGAUCGUCAGGCCCUAUAACAGCAGAGGAAAGGAGCAAGGCGCAACGGGUUAUAAUCAGCCAGGCACAAAGGGAGGCGUUCCCCGCGGAAAUCGACCUGCUGAAGAACGCCAAGACGUCAACUAGGCUUACGACCGUGAUACCAAAACAGAGCCCGAUCCAUUCGCUGAGUCCGUACCUGGAUGAGUGCGGAAUCCUACGCAUGCGAACGAGGAUCGCUGCAUGUCACUACGCAACAGAAGACGCGAAGAGGCCGGUAAUUCUACCACGGCGUCAUCCGGUUACGGAGCUGAUAGUGCGAAAGUUUCACGAGAGGUUUCAUCAUCGAAACCACGAGACAGUGAUUAACGAGGUGCGCCAGCUCUACCACAUUCCUCACCUCCGGUCCUGUUACGCUAGAGUGCGGAGGAACUGCCAGUGGUGCAAGAAUGCGGCUGCAGAACCGAAGGCUCCCAUCAUGGCUGACCUGCCCCCGGCGCGUCUUGCGGCCUAUGUACGGCCAUUCACAUACGUAGGACUUGAUUACUUUGGCCCAAUCGAAGUAGCCGUGGGAAGGCGAGUGGAAAAGCGGUGGGGCAUGCUGGCUACGUGCCUCACAGUGCGGGCGGUCCAUAUCGAGCUGGUUCACUCGCUGACCACCAGCUCAUGCAUCAUGGGUCUGCGGAAUCUAAUUGCGCGCAGAGGAACCCCGCUCACAAUAUUCUGUGAUCGAGGAACCAACUUCGUCGGUGCGCAGAGGGAACUGCAACGCAACCCGGAGCUGAUCGACCACGUCGAUAUCACAAAAGAGUGCAGCCAACGCGGGAUACGGUGGGAGUUCAACCCGCCACAAGCCUCCCACAUGGGAGGUAGCUGGGAGCGCCUGAUCCGGACGGUGAAGGAGAACAUCGUUGCUGCGAGCUCAGCCAAGCGUUUGAACGACGAAGUGCUGCGCAGCCUGCUGGUCGAGGUCGAGAGCAUUAUGAACGCGCGGCCCCUCACACACGUGCCGGUAGACGACGACUCGGCCCCGGCCCUAACACCGAACCACUUCCUGUUGGGUUCGUCGAAUGGCAUGAAGCAGCCGGGCGAGUUGGACGACAGCGGCAGCCUUCUGCGGCAGAACUGGCGAACAUCACAAGCGUUGGCCAACAGAUUCUGGAGGCGGUGGGUGACCGACUACCUGCCAGAGAUCACACGACGAACAAAGUGGCACCGAUAUAACGAACCCAUCAGGACAGGAGACGUGGUAGUCAUCGUCGAUCCCAGGCUACCCAGAAACUCCUGGCCAAAGGGCGUGGUAGAGCAAGUUUUCGCCAGCAAGCAGGACGGUCAGGUUCGAUCCGCAAGGGUCAGGACGGCGAACAGCACUUACGUACGGCCAGUCACGAAGCUCGCCGUGCUAGACGUGAUACGCCAAGAGUCAGGGGAAGGAGUGAUACGGGAUACGCCGGGGUGCUAG